UCUAACAGGAAGUGCCGUCUUAUCAGCAGUCAGCCUAUAGAGCAGGUCUAAGUUAAAGAUAGCAUCAACACAAUGCUUAACGACAAUGAGUUUGUAACGUUGCGGAAUAGAUUUCAGAGAGAUGCGGAGUUUCUCAUGCAAACAACGACCAAUGGUGACGAAGAUGAGAAGAGUCAGGAGGAAAAAGAUGCUAAACCUCUCCCUCGCAUUAACAGACACACCAUUUUCUGGAUCGUGGCAUCUAUAGGUGUGACCUACUACGUGGAUUUCCUCAACAACAUCAUGGAGAAUGAUGAUAUCAAAAGUUGGUGGUUCAAUGUGGGCCUGAUACUCCUUGGAAUCUGCCUGUCUCUGGCCAUGUUUUGCAUUGUGUACCUGGAGUGGUUCAAAGGCAUCCAGCACUACGACCAAGCGUAUCCUGCCAUUCCUCCCAUCACCACUGCAGCCUUUAUAGCUGCAUCUUGCAGCCUAAACAUGGCCCUGUGGCCAGUGUGGUCCUUCUUCACUCCACUUAUCCUCUUCACACAGUUCAUGGGUGUGGUCAUGUUUAUCUCUUUGCUUGGAUGAAUGUGACAGGUGAGGAUAAUACCAGCUCUGACAUUUUGAGUUUCUCAAAAUGUGUUUUUAUUGAAUGAAUAACUUUUUCUGUGGCCUUACAUUGUGAACAUUUUGUGAAGUGAAGUAUUGUCAUUUAAACAUUAAAUAUUUAAUACCAAUGUCAUCGUAGAAUCUGGACUUUACAUUAUCUUGUUAGCCACAAUUUUGAGUUUUCUUAUAAUAGUUUUCCUCCAUAACAAACUUAAUUGCACUGUAAGAAAAAUGAUUUCCAAAAACCUUAGACAUUCCAGCACAUAAAUUAAACACACACUGUGACCAUAAUGGUAUACAGACACAUUUUAAAACAAAAUCUGGAAACACAUGCACACAGCUCCCAUCAUUUCUGUAUUGAUGCUUUUGGCUGAGCAGGUCAGCAUGGUAGGAUCAACGAGCUGAAAGUUAAACCAUCCCAGUUUAUGAUUUAUCACUGAUGUGUUUUCACAAAGAAACAAUGAUGACUAUUUCAAGGAAUGUGUUGCAUUGUGUUGAGCGUUUGUCAAACAGCGCUUAGGAUUAUCACCAAUGUCUUUUUUUUCACAGCAGACAUUUGGCUUGUUGUAAGAGGAAAAGGUGUUCCUGAAUAACAGCUGUUACUGAUAACAUGAACGAUGUGUCUGAUCUGUUUAAAUGUGUUUCAGGAAGCUAUGACACUGAGCCACCAUUCACAACACCAGGGGCCGUAUUCACAAACGUUCUGAGAACUUAGCCUAAACAUAUCUAGAGUCUUAGUUUAGGAUUGAUUUAGAAAACUUUUCAGAGCAACUCUGAGCAAAGAAGGGACAAAUACUUAGUGAGGAGGCGUUGUUGACCCUUUUGCUAUAUGACACAUUCUUUUAAAGAGGUGUGAUUGGUUGAUCCAAAAUAAAAAUGCACUCCGUGAUAAUGGGCAUAGAAUGGACAGUGAAAUCGAUAUACCUGAUGAUUUUAGUCUCUAUUCAGACAUGAUGUUUUUUUGUUUUUGUUUAAAUGGCUCAGCUUUCAUCCGUUUCUGUGAUUGUGAUCCAGUCUAUAUAAAUAGCGUCGUUAUUUGGCAUGCAAAUCUAUAGACAAACUGUUGCAUUUUUCCACAUGCCAAAUAUCUUAGUGUUGUAAUCACUUUUUUAUUUCUGGUGUUACAGCGUUAGGUGGGAGAUGUGAGUGCAUCUCUAAUGAGAUCAACCGCAAACAUUACAACAAUAGAAUCUCUAGUGAUUUAUAAACUUACUGUCAUUCAGUAUUUGGAGAUUAUUUCUACUUCUGUCUUUCCAUCAUUUCCUCACAUGCUUGAGAAACUCUUAAAAGUCUGCCUCCGUACUCUCGCUUUUUCACCUUAGCAGCUCUCAUAGAGGGUAAGAUGCUUUGUAAAUAACUUAUAUCUUCACCAGUUAAUUCUUAGAAAACGUCAUCAUCACAACAACUCUAAGAAUUUGCUUAGAAUUUCGUCACUAGGAGAAUCUCUUUGUACCAGGAAGCUUUAUGAAUACGGCCCAGGACACUGUAACUGAAGCAAAUAAAUGACUUUUCUGUUAUUUAUAGUGUGCUAUUUUUGUCUUAAGUCUAUAGUGACCGGUUGAAAUGUGCUGUUAAAAUGGCAUUUUGUAUUUAUAUGUAGAAAAAUGUGUAUAAGUAAUGGAGUAAAAGUGUUCUU